AUGCUGCUCGCUGGUAUCAGGUCCAGAUCAUCGACACCGCCUACCAGACACACUCGCUGCAUCCACUCCAACUACGACUACUCUGACUCAAAGGACUUCCAGAUGCUUAUUGACUUCUCAUCUGUUUUCGCUGCUCCCUAUGAAGUGAUAGAGAUUGACUACGACAGCUAUGCCUGCGUGUAUUCCUGCACUGACACAGACAAGUACAAGUCUGAGUUCGGCUUCGUGUUCUCCCGUACUCCACAGAACUCCGUGUAUCAUGUACCACAUCUGUUCCUGCACGGCUAG